CACACAAAUGUGUCCCCCAGGAAACAUUUCUCACUUCCCCUUUACCGCUAGUUAGUUGUGUUGUAUUGAGUUAAAGUUUUAAUAAAAGUGGUCUGAUUUCAUGUGACUCAGAUGGAUCGCGUCGAUUUGGAAAGAGAGAGUGCUGAAUUGAGAAGAAGCACCAGACAGUUGAGGAAUAAAGGAGUUUUUGCAAUUGAUCUGAGACCGAGAGGAGCGCUGAAGAGGAAGAGAAACAUCACAGCUUUUACCACCACUGAAGAGUGUGGCACAGAUGAAGGAUCUCCAGAUAAGGUCUCCAGGCUUCAGAUGGAGAAGGACGCAGAAGAUGGACAUGAGAAUGGGGACCAAAAUAAUACAGUGGAAAUGGAUGCGGAGGAACAUGAAGAUCAGAACGAAGACAUGAGUUCAGAGGAUGAAAGUGAAAAUUGUGAGGCAGUCAUGAACACAAAACCUCUCAUCCAGGAGGAUGUGAUCAGAACACUGCGUGUGGGGAAUCUGGAAACAGAGGAGAUGAGGGCAUUCUUACGGCGGCAAAGCAACUCGCAUCAAAAGUCACCGGCACCAGAGCUGUCCAAACUGACAGGGUGUGGAGACACAGUUCAUGGUUCUCAGAUUUUAUCAAGAGAACCCUCCAGAACAGGCUCUGCUUCUAUCAAUCUCAAACCACAGGAGAACAGGGCAGACAUUUUGACAGUGAGGAGCAGUAUAAGACAGUAUCACAACAAAAUGGAGGAGAAAGCCAGAGGUGUUUCUGCUGCUGAUCAUCAGGGCAGGGACAGGUAUCCAUAUGUGAAAGGUCACGCAACACACAUCUACAAGACAAAUAACCUUCCUGCUGAAAAACAGUCCCUAGACCACACAAACAUAGAAUUAAGGAAAAAAGUUACCACAAAAGUAGGUUCAACACCCCCCUCAAGAGCAGAUGUAUGGGGUGUAUGCAGGUGGCUUCAGUGGGCUGUGCUCCUGCUGGCUUCACUUGUGUUGGGCUUAAUGGCUUAUCAACACUUUCCGGCCUCAUCCAGAACAAAUGAACAUCACAACAGAUUGUUGUACAGUGCAUCUUUCGAAACCCACUUGGCUGAACUAAAGCCGUUAUUCCCUAGCCAGCGACCAGAACUCUGGAAAAGGACUGAGAUCCAUCUUAAGCGCCACCUUAAUCUGACCGAUCCAACUGAACCAGUGAGUCUCAUCCUAACCUCUGGUCAAGCGGCUGAGAAGACUCUGGGCUGUCUGGCGCAACAGUUAGCUGAGGCAUUUUCUAACGCUUUCAACUCCUCAGUACUGGGUAUUGAUGGAACCAGCAAAAGUGUAAAAGACAGCGACCAGGUUAAGCUGGACAUUGAUAAAGCGCUGAAAGAGGCCUUUGAAGGUGGUACACAGGCAGCUGUUAUUCACCGUUUUGAAGAGCUUCCUCCUGGAUCUACACUCAUCUUCUACCGCUACUGUGAUCAUGAGAAUUCUGCCUUUAAGAAAGUCUUUUUGGUUUUCACUGUGAUGCUCCCUGUUGCUGAGCUAGAUUUCAAACUCAGUCUGAAUGAAGUGGAAGAGCAGGUGCAAGAGUACUUAAAAAAGAAGUUUGUCUCCUCUGACGGGACUGUUGAGUUUAACCAGAUGGAUGUAGACAAGCUAAGUGGGCUGUGGAGCAGAAUCUCCCAUCUCAUCCUACCAGUAACUGCAGAGCAGAAGAUCGAACAUCAUGGAUGUGGGGAGUGAGAGUUUUCACACCAGUAUUAUGCUACUGGAUGGUAAUAAUUCUAUUAGUGCAGUUAAAUGGCUGGUGAUAUGUUUGUUUAGCCAGGUUGUUCUUGACAUCUGAAACAUAUCUAAUUGUGAAAACUAAAUCUGUGAGGCUAUGUUUAAAAGAUGUGCAGGAUCUUUGUAAAAUAGUAUUACUUUUUUUUUCUUCAAACAUCUUACACAUAUGCAAUGGGCUCUUUGGAAGGUUAAUGUCACUUAAUGUCAUGGCACCAGUGUUGGAAUAAUGCCAUGUUAAAUAUAUUGUUUGGUAUGCAGUUUUGUCCUAGUGUAAGGUACAACAUUCCUUCUUCAUUCAGCUUUACUUCUGAUUUUUGUUGUAGCUCUAAUAUACUUUCUCCAAAAUAGCUAGAGUCGUCAGGGAUCUCAACAAGGCUCAGUUUUAACUGGAGUGCAGGUGUACGGCUCAGCUCCUUGGACCAGAUGACUGAAUUUAUUUUUAGCAGUUCAUAUUAUUGAAUUUAGCACAAGUUUUGUUGAGGUAAGGCUGUUUUUUAAGCUUUGCUCUGGCGUAAUAUUGUGCACUUGACUAAAUUUAUAAUGAUUAAAAAUAGAAUGUCUUUUUAUAUAUAGUUGUUUGGUAUUUUUCUUGUUGCUGUUAUAUACUUGUUGGAAUAGAGACAUGUGUACUUAAUAAACUACUUUUUCAUUGGAUCAGAUAUGCAGUUCAAGGAAGAAAAAAGCUAGAUUUAUUUGUAAGAGUAGAAAAUAAAGUUAUGGUCUUGUCUAA